AUGGCUGGAAUUAAGCCGAACGUGUACGCCGUGAUAGUGACCUCGGUGGGGUUCCUCUGUCUGGUCAUCAGCGCGACGGCCGUUGGCGUGCCGGUAUGGGCGUACUACGAGGGACAGGAUCGCGGCUAUUUUGGUCCGUGGCAGAAAUGUCAAGUGCUCAGCUACCGGGAACGGUGCGGUGACGUUGGUCGGUUCAAACCGGAAGCGGUGGUAUUUGUGAGCGGAUUGCUGGCCGUCGGAGCAUGCAUCCUGUUUGGCAUCUUCUGCAUCCUGAGCAUCAUCCAGAUCGCCAUGAUUUCGUCUCGGGAUCGUGUCUGCAUGAGCUACAAGGCACUAGUAAUGCUGAAGCUGGUAGCAACGGUGCUCGCCUCCGGGCUGUCGAUAGCGGCCGCGAUCUUGUUUGCACUACAAACCGACGACAACGCCCGAGGUUACCACAUCACCCGGGGCAUCUCCUUCUAUCUGCAGGUUCUCGUGACGGCUUUGUCCCUCGCGUUGCUUGCCCUAGCCGCUUACGAUCGCAUCCUCACGAAACGGCCCGACGGUGAUCCAACGAUGCUGUCGAAUGCCACCUCGAACGGCCGUGGAACAGGUCGCACCGGUUCCACCUACAACAACCCUGGCUUCCGGGAAACGUCACACAAUCCGAACGGAAUAGCAGUGACGGAUUCCUCCGGCCGACCCUACUCUUCCGGAAUGAACGGUAGCAUGCAGUCGGUGAACACCACCGUCACGACCGUCUCAAACGGUUCGACGAUCGGUUCCGGUUCCGUCACGAGGACACCGCUGCGUUCGAGCCUUAAGAAACCACGGCCACCAAACUCGACGACAGACGGGUUGGGCAUUCGCAAUCCGGGCUACUCCGGUGGUAACCAAUCACCCCGGAUGCAGCGAAACGGCAGUGUUAAAAAGGUACGCAUCCAAACGCACAGUACGGACGUUUGAAAGCAGAGAAACAUGUGAGAGAAACGUGCUAGCUGAAGAGUAGCAAUCAAAGGAAGAAAAAAACUACUAACAAACGAUAGAUUUCUGUCUCUCGUACCCAAGCAUAUUCCGUCCAGAAUGUUUGAAAAACAUGCUUAGCGAAUUAGUAGUGUCCUGUUGGUCUCGAGAAGAGCGAGCGUGAAACAGCACCAACGGAUCAAUCGAAUCGUACUGAUUGUAAAUAUAGUAUUUAUGCGAAUGAUUUCGCAGCAAACUAAUGCCUUUCCUCCCCCCCCUCCCCCGCCGUCCUUGUCGCCGUUAAACAAUCCAUAUUAGCGAUAAUCGAGCCGAUAACGGCAAGACAUAUUGGCGCGUAUCAUAAGAGGGGAGGUUAGAAUGCCAUGGAGAUCACGAUCUAAUCAGAGCAGUGGCGAACUUUAUUGUUUCCCCGCCAAGACACACGAUCCCUGUUCUCACCGUCCGUUGACCGAACAGUAUGAGGACCAAAUUUACACAGUUUGCCUUACACUUUUAUUAUCUGUGAGCACUUUUCGAAAAGCAGUCCCUCGAAUAUAUAAGUAUGUAUAUCUUAGCACAGACUCUAUUUCCAUUCGUUGUUAAGAGCAAGUCGUAAUCUCAGCAUUUUGUCUCAUGUUCGUAAGAAGUGUAAUGCCGUUCUGCACCUCGAAGCAUAGCAGUUAGCAGACAAUGAGAGAAAGAUCCUCCUGGAAAUGGUUCGGGACGGACUCACGCGGCGUUAUAUCGGUACAAACACAAUCACUCUACGGCCUUUCUCGUUUGCCGGCACACGCCGUUUUGCCGCUAUAGGCGCACUGCAGAUCUGUAUUACAGUGGUGUGUAUGUUUUAAAACUUUUAUAGAUAUCUAAGGCACAGCUAGGUAAUAAUUAUGGUCUUCCAAGGUUGUUAGUAGAUAGUUCCAUUUAAAGGCACGUCCACACCGCAAACUUCAUUCCGUCCGAAGCGAGAAGAAGGCUCACGUUAAGCUAGCAUAAUUGUAGUGUUUCGCCGCGUUGUUACUACUAGAUUCCAAUUCCAGCAACGCCCAUUCCAAUCAGUUUUUAAAUUCGUAACUUCACCAUCUCAAUCCCCCAACAGGGAGGAAGCGUUUGUGUUAGAGAGUAUAGUCAGUGCGAUGCUGUGUUUCGCAUUGGCUCAAUUUUUUUAUAUUUUUAAGUGCAAAGCAAUAUUAAAAACGCUGUUACUAACGUUGCAUACCAUCGCUCCAUGCAGAGACGCAUUGCAAACGGGUAGGAACGGAACAUACUUUUAAACGAUCAAAAUCAGAUUAAUUAGAUAAAAAAACUCGAUCACAAAACUGAGUUUGAGAGAAGAGGUAGCAAUAAGAGCAUAGCAAAAAAAAUCUUGAAUCUUGGCUUUGAAAAACUGAUGCAAAUCAUGCACAACAAACACGCACUAUCUACUCGUCUAGAACCUUAUUUCCUUCACUUUCUCCAUUUAUACACAAAUGAACGAACGAAUGUAUGUAUGUAUGUGCGUGUGUAUGUGUACUGUGGCUGAUGUACGUGCGAAUGUGAAUAAGCAGAGCUUUUUGUAUCUAAGUUUAUACAAACAAAAUUUAUUUUAUAAAUAAUUUCUCAUCUCUAUCCUCACGCAGUUUUAAAAGGUCUCGUGCCACUUUCUAAACCGAGCGAAGGACAUUCCGUUCUGUGAUUCAUUCAAAAUGAAUUUCUUAAUUGCUGUCUUUUUUACUUGAUCGUGUCGUAUAGCAUAUAUCAUUUUCCUUUGAAGUUAUGUUGAGUGCAAAGAAAUAUGGCAUACACACCGUUUCCGUUAUAGAAUAAAGCAAAAAGUUCACUGCAUUAGCAAGAAAC